AUGUUCAUGUUAAAAAAGGCGCAGAGCUAUCAACCGAUCAUCACCUUGUUGUUGGCACGCUGCGCUGUAAGAAGUGGAGUACCUUACGAAGAUCCGGUGGCAGAAGCAACCGGAGAAUCAAAUGGCAAACAGUGUCUUCGGUGGACACGAGAGCGAAAUUUGCAAGCAACAUUGCACGACGGUUUGAACAGAUCCCAGAUGACAACUGAUGUUGAAACCGAGUGGCAGCUUUUUAAAAGCGGAAUGCUCGAGUCUGCCGGCGAACGGUGA